UUAAUUUAAUUAAAUCAUUACUGAAUCAAAACUGGUUUAGAAAAUCUCUCUCUUCUAAUACUUCAAAACUGGUUUAUGAGCUAGUGGUACUUAAGACUAUUGCUAUUUGUGAAUUUGGAUUUUGGUGCAAGUUAAAUCCCCCCUUCUUCUUUUUCCUUGAAUGUGUGUCGAUCAGUCAUUUUAAAUUACUAUGUUAGCAAGACGGGAAUAGUCGUUUCUGCUAUCAGUCAAAAUAGUUCAAAUUUGUCCUGCAAGUUUAAGAUGCAACUGCUGCUUACAUCAUGAAAUGUGAUGAUGAUACUUUUAUAAGGGUAGAUACUGUUAUGAAAGAACUUGAUAAAGUGUCUCGAAAAAGAACACUAUAUUUGGGUAAUCUCAACCUCUUGCAUCGACCACUUAGAAGCGGGAAGUGGGCUGUCAGUUACGAGGUAAUAGGAUUUACAUGUGAACUCUAAAUUUGGCUAUAUGUUGAACAUCAUAGAUUGUCAGUUCAUCCUCUUUUUUUCCGGAGAAUUUGUUGAUAGCUUAAAAACCUUGUCUUUAGUUUCCUUGCCGUUGUAUAUCUAAAGAAUGAUGUCCUGAUGAAACACGAAUAUCCUCAAGAAGUUUAUCCUCCGUAUGCUAAUGGUCCUGGAUAUAUAAUUUCUAAGGAAAUUGCUCAAGAUAUCAUCUCUAAACAUGUUGAUGGAGACCUAAAGUUGUUUAAAAUGGAGGACGUGAGCAUGGGAAUGUGGGUUGAACAAUUCAACAGCUCGACACCAGUCCAGUACUCCCAUAGUUGGAAGUUUUGUCAGUAUGGGUGCCUGGAAAAUUAUCAUACAGCUCAUUACCAAUCUCCGAGGCAAAUGAUAUGUCUGUGGGACAAACUGGUCAGGGGUCAAGCUCGCUGUUGCAACUUCUAAAUGUAGAUGCCAUUUUAGAGAUUACAAAGCUUGUUACUGUUUCUGGCCACUCUAAUAGAGGAAAUUACUUUUACUUUUACCCCAAGACUAUGGCGUAUAAGUGUGCCUCACAAAGUCAAAACUUUCCUCUGGAGAUUUUGCCCCAACAAUAUUCCAGUUCGUUACAAAUUGAGAGCUAAAGGUGUGCAACUUCCAAUAGUUUGCCCCAUGUGUGACUCGGACGUAGAACAUCUCUUACACGUAUUCUUCGAUUGUCCCUUUGCUGCGAGUUGCUGGCAAUAUGUUGGUUUGUCUCUUGACAUGAGCAUGGUGGAGUUUGCCCCUGACUGGCUUCUGCAUAAACUGAAUGGUACAGGACAUGAUGAGUUGCUCUUAAUAGCUAGAGUUUUGUGGGGGAUUUGGUUUUUCCGGAACAAAAAAGUUUGGGAGAAUAAAGUAGUUAACAGCAGGAUUGCAAUGGACUGGAGCGCCAAAUACUUCUCCGAUUGGAAGUUGGCUAAAGAAAGUAGAACUGCAGUGCCUGCUACCUCCACUACAAAUUGCCAUGCUUCUCCCCACCGAUGGAAACCUCCUGCUACAGGAGCUUUUAAGCUCAACACAGAUGCAACUUUUAAAGUUGGAGAGGGAUCAUUCUCCAUUGGGCUACUCCUUCGAGACCACCAGGGUAAGCUCAUUAUCGGGAAAGUUCAACGUCUGGUGAUGGUUAGCUCUGUGUUAGAAGCCGAGGUGGUUGCUAUCCGUGAGGGUCUCCUUUGGUUGGCUUCCCUUUCGUACCAGAAUGUCGAGGUUGAGUCUGACUCUUUGUUAGCUGUUCAAGCCAUUACGCGACCGCAUGAUAAUAUUCUAGAGGUUGGUUAUGCUUUAGAUGAAUGUCGUGCUAUGAUUCAGUCUAGAUCAGGAGUGUCAAUACAUUUGCUAAAAGGCAAGCAAACAAAGCAGCCCAUCUAAUGGCUAGAUUACCUUGUUUGCUAGGUUGCCAAAGCAUCUUUACGUCUCCUCCAGACCUGUUGUUGGAGACUUUGCUGUCUGAUUCUUCUUCUUAAUGCAAACUUCCUUAUUUCAAAAAAAAA